AUGACACAAGUGAUAUCCGCUCUCGAGAUUCACUCCCAACUCCACGCCAAGAAAGUUGGUGACACCAUCACUGUCAAUUCACAAUCCUAUCCUAUUCGCCUUCGCUCAUCAAACAAAUGCAAAUUUGUUCAUGUGGAAAACAUUUGUUUUAUUGAACAAAAUGAAAAAUCCAACUCAAAAUAUGGAGAGAGAGCUCGCGAUGGUGAAAAGAUCACAUGGAUUGUUACUGGUUCAAAAUGGGGAUUAAUUUGUGACGAUUCAGUGGAAGAAACAUGUAGUGUUUUGAAUGAAGAUGGAGAGUUGACUUGUGGUACUUUUGUCAAGUUGGAUAAGAAGACUCUAGUUGAUAUUCAUGGCGCCCUCCAUGAUUCCUCUCAAAAAUCCAUUACAAUUCAAGGAAAAACAUUCAAGAAAACAUGCAAGAAUAAGUGUAAUUUAUUUGAAAUUAAUUCCAGUCAAUUCAUUGAACAAAACAAGACAAAGAACAGUGAUUAUGCAAAGAAAGCAAAGAAGGGUGAUAAGAUUACUUGGGUUAUGGUUUCAAAUGUGAGUGGAUUCAAUGCUCAUAAAUCAUGGGGACUCAUCAUGAAUGGAGAAAUAGAGAAGGAUUGUCUCCUCUUCCAAGAAGAGGAUGAUGAUAAUGAACAAGCUCAAGUUGUGGAACCAACAGAAGAAGAGGAUAAACAACAAGAAUCCAAUAAGGAAAACAGCACUCCAAAAAUUCUCUAUGAAUCUGUUUCAGCUAUUUCAUCAGAAAAGAAAAAUGAAAAGCUCAGAUAUGCCACCCCAGUCAAGAAACUCCAACACAAAAGAAGUCUUGAUAAGAGCUCUCCUUCUCUCUUCUCUUCUCCUGCCUCAAGUGAGAAAUUGAUUCCAUCUACACCUCCUUCAAUAGUGAAAUGUUCACCUCUAGAACAAGUUUUGGAAAUUCCAGUACGUUCGAGAACGACUCGUAGAAAGAAAAACAAGAAAGACUCCUCUCCGUUGUCUAAGAACUUUGCCCCUGUUGUAAAUCAAUAA